AUGGCGGGCGCGUCGCUCUUCCAAGUCGGUGGCAACGUCGAAUUCUGGCGGGUGCUGGUACAUCUGAGCAUCUUGGCGGUGUUUCUGCUGGGCUUCGAGGCCGCGCUUCACCACCUUGAGCACAAACUGGCGCGAUACGACAAGUACCAUGUAAUGCUGCAGAAGGUCUACAGGGAGUUGAUGGUGCUGGGCUUGAUCAGUCUCGUUCUCAAGGUGCUCAAGGAGGUGGCGCCUGUCGACAGCUACAGCAAACCCAUGAUCGCCUUCCAGGUCGCGGAUCUCAUCAUCUUCGGCCUGGCGAUCGCUCUCAUCCUGCAGUCGAUUUGUAUCCUCUUGCAGUUGCGAAGACGCAGUUCGAAGGCUGACCGAGCAGAGUUGAUCUCAACGCAAGAUCUGGUACAAUUUCUAGAAAAUGGAGAUACUCCGAGCCACAUGCUGCUACCUGCAACUCGAGUUCCGCGGGUUUGUUGCAGCAAAGGCGAGACAAUGGACGAGGAUAUGGUGAAACAUCGUCUACUACGUCAACUCUUCCUCCACCGCUUCGGCCUUCCCGAACUUUUCCCCUUCUCAAAGUACAUUCGUCGAGCCCAAGCGAACCAAAUCUCAUCUAUGAUCGAAGUGGAGCCUUCCAUGUGGGUUUUGUUGCUUCUCGUGGCGUGGGGGAUCUGUGGGCUGGCGGAGCUUAUUGAUGGCAUCACGCUUAUCAAGCUUCUGGUGAUCUUUUCGUGGAUAUUAGUGCUGCUUCACGUCGUGAUGCUGGGCUACUUGAGGUCAUGCGUACUCCAGCUCUUCGAUCUCGCGGGCUAUAGCAAAGACCGGUUCGCUCUGGUUACUAACCUCGCUGCAGUUGCCGAGCGAGAAGCCAAUGUCUGGGAGAGUAUGUCUGCCCACGACGCUAUUGAGACGAUGAACCAAGUACUCGAUAUCCACGAAGAGGCCGAACACGACCGAAAGUCAACGACAGGGGUCGCCGCUACGCUGUGGCGUAAAGUUUCGUUUGGACCGUCUCGAGACAGCGACGCGCUCGCUGGAAUCUACAUUCGCUUCUUCUCGCGGAGGUUUUGGCAAGCUGCAGUCACUUUUGCUAUGAGUUUGAAUGGGUUCUUCAUCGCGCUGUUCGUGCAGUGCUCGCUGUACAACCUGGAUGAAAUCCACCGACAGCUCGGUCUGGUCGCUGCUAUCAUGGUCCCGUUGCCAAUGCUGAUCAAUGCCUUGGUACUCCAGCAGUACAAAUUCAGCGACUUUGUGCUCGUUUGUAGCGUGCUUCGGAUUGAUACCACCGCGCUUGGAGACGUGAUUCGGCACUUUAGCGAGACGAUCGAGAUGCAAUCCGAGUUUGCAGCAUCAUUGGUGCAGUGCCUAAAGGAAGGCGGACUCUCGAUAGAGUAUUUGGAGGCGGUGAUUCAGUCUCAUGACCACGAAAUGUCCGGGUUCAUCGAAGUGGACAAGCUUCGCGCGGUCUUGGCUUCCGUCGGCUUCAGUGUGACCCGGUUCCGGUUGAACAGUAUAGUCAAGUUGCUCUUUGAGCUCAAGGGGACUAGCGUCGAGUACGCGCAGCUCUUUCAGCUCUUGGCGAUCGUUGAGCAAGAGCGUGAGGAAAUCGCGCAGCGCCGUGGCCGAGAGUAUCCGGAAAUUCACGGGAGUGACGUCUCCUUUGACACGGGGAUUCACGAAGCCCGGGAAAGUUCGAUUAGCGCGCGCGACUCGGCGUCAACGCAGCCGCUUUCUCUGUUGACGCAGUCGAGUCUCGCGUCGGGUCUUGGGUGCAGCAACUUCGCCUACGCUAAGGCCGGUACCCCUGUCGUACGUCGAGGCACGUCACUGAACUUCCACAGUGUCCAAAUGAACUCGAAGAGUGAACUCGAAGGCAGACAACCGAUGCUGCAGAGAAGCUAUUCGCAGCAGUUCGCUGGCUCGAGCGCUCGAGUGCUGCGUGAUAUGUACAACGUUAAGCCUUACGUGUGA